AUGGCGGAAUCUAACGCGAACCUCGAGGAGAAGCUUUCUGCCAGUAAUUCGGAACCAAAUAGCGAACUGGAAGCGCAGUCAAAGGAAUUUGCGCCGAUUAGCACUCCGCGCGACGCCAACAGAGGCGAUGCUCAAUCCCGACGCUCAACGUCUCUCAAAUCGCUGCACCAAACGCGUUCGCAUAAUGGAUAUGGAUGCGAUGACCAUGAUAACGAGGCGGAUACAGCUGAGCAGAAUAUGGAGAAUGGUGGCCCAGCAGAGAAAGAUCCGUUCGAAGUACAUUGGGAUGGAGGCGAAUCUGAUCCCAUGAACCCCAGAAGCAUGUCGGCUGCUAGGAAAUGGCUUGUUGUUUUGAUUGUUAGCGCUUCUUCGCUUUGUGUGACCUGUACUUCGUCUAUAUACACUUCGACAUAUACUCAGCUUGAAGAUGAAUUCGGCAUAUCUCGAAUCGUGGCGACUUUAGGUCUUUCUCUGUUCAUAAUGGGACUAGGAAUAGGUCCCAUGCUUCUGGGGCCGCUUUCCGAAUUCUAUGGGCGACGACCAAUCUAUCUCGUCUCGUUUUCGUUCUUCAUCAUCUGGUUGAUCCCCUCAGCAGUGGCACAUAACAUUCAGACCAUGCUCAUCGCACGUUUCCUUGAUGGACUUUCAGGUAGUGCAUUUCUAUCCGUGGCAGGUGGUACUGUCGGGGACAUGUAUAACCGAGAACAACUUCAGCUUCCCAUGUUAAUUUACACAGCGAGUCCCUUCGUUGGACCCUCGAUAGGACCUCUCAUUGGAGGAUUCAUAAACCAAUAUACAACAUGGAGAUGGACAUUCUACGUCUUACUGAUCUGGUCAGCUGCGAAUCUUGGUAUGAUCGCCUUGUUAGUCCCCGAAACCUACCAUCCUGUACUAUUGAGAAACAAGGCACGAAAACUGAGAAAGGAAACUGGAGACGAAAGAUGGAAAGCACCUCUUGAAAAGACGGACAAAUCGAUUCGAAAAACCAUUGGCCUUUCGUUACUCCGACCGUUUCAGCUUUUGAUAUUCGAGCCAAUGUGCACAAAUCUAUGCCUAUUUUCCGCAAUUCUACUAGGAAUCUUAUAUUUGUUUUUCGGCGCUUUCCCCGUCGUGUUUGAAGGCCAACAUGGGUUCACUUUAUCACAGACCGGCUUAGCAUUCCUAGGGAUUUUCGCUGGUAUGGUUGCAGGUGCGAUGACAGAUCCAUUCUGGCACAAAAACUACGCACGUCUUAUCAAACAACGGGAAGAGAUAACCGGAGAGGUUGGAGGCAGUGAGCCCGAAUAUCGUUUACCGCCUGCUAUCGCUGGGGCCUUCCUUGUGCCAACUGGACUGUUUCUAUUUGCGUGGACAACAUACAGUAGUGUCCAUUGGAUUAUUCCCAUUAUCGGAUCAGCUAUUUUUGGCAUGGGGACACUACUUGUUUUCAGCGGUAUUUUUACCUUUCUGGUCGACGCCUAUCCUUUAUAUGCGGCCUCGUCCUUGGCAGCAAACUCUUUUGCGCGCAGCAGUUUUGGCGCUGCGUUCCCGUUAUUUGGAGUACAAAUGUAUCACAAAUUGGGAAAUCAAUGGGCCACAAGUUUACUGGCAUUCCUCACUGUUGCGAUGAUGCCAUUUCCCAUCAUAUUCUUCAAGUAUGGGAAAAAGAUAAGAGGAAAGAGCCGAUUUGCCAGUGCAUGA